CGGGGCUAAGAAAUCUCCCGCCCAUCUAAACAAGAUUCCAUUGACAUUGUGCAUGCGGGCUCAUCCAAACCAACAAGGCCCCAUCUACUCCUAUAAAUAUAAUCACUUCUCACAACAAUUCUCAUCUCAAGUAAAAACUAAAACACAUAAUCAUCUACAAGAACACACUUAACAAUGCCGACUACUCUCCAUCUCCUCACCUUCUCAAUAUUCCUCUUGCACCUCACCAUCACCUUUUCCUCGCCAAUAACUAGCUCAUCUUCUUCUUCUUUUGCUCAAACCCAAUUAAACUUGUGGUCCCAAAAUGUGCAAAACAAGAUGCCACCAUCCAUCUCCACAAAACUCUCACCACUCACCACCCACGACUCGGACUACUACACCACGGCCAUAAUUACAUCACGAAACGCGUUCAAAGCCGACCCCAAAUUUUGUAUGCUAGCGGGACUAGUGUGCUCCACGGGUGGGGCCCGCGUGGUAAACGUGUUGAGAGAAGGGUAUAGAACCUACGGCAACACGAACCCAAAGCAAACGGCGGCGCCCCUUGAGAAAGUGGACCCGUCCUUGUUCUUCAGGCUUUCGGCCCUUAAGGAAGGAAACUCAAUCCGCCUCUCCGACCUCAAAGAGUCCUUACCCCACCGCGCAUUUCUUCCAGCUCGAAUCGCGUCGAGGAUUUCAUUGACCACCACAGAUGGCGUGACGAGAAUAUUCCCGGACUCGGCCACGGAUGCAAUCGAGACCACAAUCGCCUACUGCAAUGCAAAGAACGUAAAAGGAGAGUUCAAAACGUGCCCAAGAUCACUAGAAGAGAUGAUCGCCUUCUCAAAAACCGCAUUGCGCACGGAAAAGCUUCUCAUUCUAACUUCCGAAAGCACGAGAGGCUCGGGAGAAAAUCUCAUGAUCAAGAACAUUAAGAAGUUCGAUUCGGAAAAUAUUGUGGCUUGCCACGAGAUGUUCCUUCCUUUUGCGGCCUACUUUUGCCACUCACUGCCCUCGACUCAGGUUUACUCUGCAGACCUUGUUGACAUAAGGACGGGUGCUCGAGUCAACACUGUGGUGGGGGUGUGCCACAUGGACACGUCUGGUUGGCCCGCGGAUCAUGUGGCGUUUCGGGUUCUUAAGUUUGGGCCGGGCCAAGGGGAGGCUUGCCAUUGGUUGAAUGAGAUUGAUCUUGUGUGGGUUGCCGCAUAAUUUAAUUAUUUGCAGUUACUAAUUUGUUGUGCAAUGAGUGGGCUUUAUUUUAUUAGUAAGUUGUGCUUGUGUUUUGAUUUGUGGCAAUAAGGGGGGAUUCCUAGUAAGCCGGGUCUCCAUAGAUGUGUGUUUGCUUGUUAGCUAUUGUGAUUCCUUGUUUACAAUAAGUACUUCAUAUUUGUUAAUUUCUUAUGUAGUUACUACAUGGGAUUUUAACCGAUCAAGACUUUCAGUAUGUACUUAUAUAUAGUUGAUUAUGACUCUAUAAUUGGUGGAUUCAACAAAUAACGAAAACAAAUUUGAU